CGAAGAGAAGAAGAAAUUCAGAAAAAUUGCAGAGAUUAGGGUUUAGGCGAAAUUGGGAGAGAAUGACUGAUUUUGAGAUCUUGGUUCCGAAGUUUGGAGAUGAACCGCCGCAGCGUAAACGGAAAUCGGAAUCUCCAGGGAGCUCAUCCUACACAGCUCCGAUAAGAAGUUUCCAUAAGGUUGAGUGCGAUUCCUGGGACGACGACGAUUAUAUUGACCCUGCGGUCGAGAAGGAGUACUGGCGACAAGUUCUAGAGUCUGACGGUUUCGAUGUUGAUCGCUUUGCUCUUCCGGAUGGUGGAAUCUAUCCCUACAUAUUCAGAGAUAAGUAUGACUAUCCAUACGACAUCGCCCUUUUUAGUAGACUGGGACUUCACUGUUACAAUCUUCAAAAAGGAACCAACCUCAAAUUGAUUGCUAUAAACAAAUACAACGAUGAGAUGCUUGAUUUUACUCCCAAAGACUCAUCCUUUAUGGUGCAGACCGAACUUUCCAGACUAAAAGUUCCUUCUGGCCCUCGGACUACUUUUAUUGGGCCUCAGAGGAGGUGGAAUGAUGAUGCAGUUGAUGAUUCUUACAAAGGUAAAUUGCCCAGCUGGUUGACUGAGCAAGAGCUCAGCAAUAAGGGGCAGUUUUAUGAGUUGCAAGAAUCAGACUGGCAAGGAAAUGAGUGGCUUCAUAUGUACGCUGAGUUUGCAUUAUACUCCAAGUUUUUUGCAUAUGGGAAUGACCUGAGGCAUUUUCUACCACUUGAGAUGAAGAAGAUAAUUGUACAAACUCAAGAAAACAGAGAAGCAUCACCGCAUAUGAUUCUGAAGGCCAACAAUGCGAUCUUCUACAUAAGUUUCAAGGGAAAUGGCGAUCCGAGUGGUACACCUAUGGAGUACCAAGCGAUUGUAAGGAGAACCAUGGAUGGGAUGCCGGGACACAUUUGCCUGGAAGUUGACUGUUUGGCCUACAAAUCCUGUUGAAUGUAUUUGGACUUUGUCCCUUUUUAAAUUUAUAACUCAAAAGAGUGUUAGUUUAUUUAAACAAUAGGUUGGAACAAUUGCAGACAUAAUUUGUUUGUUGCCAACGCGUGUAAUGUUUGAAA